AUGAAACCAUUUAGUAUAGAUGAAACAUAUAUUCGAAAUUCGAAUUAUUCACAGUUACAAGGAAAAUGCUUAGAACCAGAUGCAGUUACAUAUUGUUCUCCUAAUUAUGUUCCAAUGGUUCAGAAGAAAACAUUCAACGACCCAUUACUACCCAAACACUUAGAUAAAAAUACAAUUUAUGGUAUCAUAACAAAGACUAAAUUGUCUGCCGGUGAUGUGAUUUUUCCGAAUAAUUCACCAGGUGAAAAUGGUAUUGAAGACAAAAAAGAAACAGAAUUAUAUAAAAUUUCCCAUCAUACGUAUGGAAUUGGCGAACAGUUAAAUCGAAAGUAUACAAACAAUUUUAAUCCAGAUUAUCGGUAUGGCAAAUCUUUAAAACGGUUACCAGCAGGUGUAUGGUUUAAAAGUAAUGUUCAACCUAAAUCGUUAAAUGAAGAUAAAAACACGAUCACUGAUUAUGUUAGUAAAUUAUUAGAAAGCAAAGAGAACACACGAUGUCGUUAUCCGUACAUCGACCACCGACAAGGAAAGUUCAUAGGCAGAUCGUUUUUAAGAGCACAAGACAUUUUAACCAGAAACGAACCAGACAAAAAAUACUUUGAACUAAUCGAUUAUUCAACAGCAGUCAGUAGAUUGAAACAUUAUAUCAAAGAAAAGAAAUGCGAUUUAAGGGAAUUGCAUGAAACGUUCAAACUGUUUGAUAAGGAAUUCACGGGGUGGCUGCCAUUGGAACAAUUGUAUAAAAUAUGUUACCAACACAAAAUUAAGCCUGAGAAGAAAUUGUUCGAUCUUGCCUUACAGUCUAUUAACGCCAUUAAUAACAAUAAAGUCAGCUAUAAUUUAUUUCUGGAUUUACUCGAUCCAAACGUUAAGUUUUCGACUGGUUUUAAGAAAAAUAACCGAACAGAUAUCGACAGAUUCAUUCCAACAUAUAAAAACGAUUAUGGCAAUACAUUGUCUCGUACCAUUCAAUUAAAUAAAGACCGCAAUGAUUAUAUGCCUGUUAAACCAAUGGUCUUAGCUUAUCUGGAUUGUUUUGGGUCCGAAACGGACGUAAAAACAUUAUUGAAUCCGACAAUAUUUUCAAACUAUGGAUUGACUUACAGAGACUUUUACAUAGGACGUAGUAAACACGUAAUGAAGAAACUGUUCCAAGACUUAGGAGUGAUCUUACCAAAUGACAUUUUCAAUAUUAUCUGGGAUAAUGCGUACCAAUGUGAUGGUGUCGACGACAAAGUGAGCGUAGAAGUUUUUAGACAGGCUCUCCAAGAGCUGGCGAAUAGAAUGCUCGACCAACAUGGCGAAGAAUAG